CGCCGCGCUCCGCCCGCCGCCCCUCUGCGGCCACGUUGGGGGUGUUCGGGCGUUGCAGCCGCGCUGGGGGUGUGCGAGGGCGUUUUCUGCAAUUUAUUUAAUUUUUUUUUCCUUUCCCUUAAUACUUUUAUUUGUUUAUUUAUUUAUUCGUUAAGCGGCAGUUCCCCGUUGCCCGGCGGCGGGGUGGCGGAGCGGAGGGGUCGGAGGGGAGCAGCGGCCGCCCCAGGUGGUCCCGUUUGCUCCUUGGCCGCAACAUGGCGGGCAGGGAGCCCUUCGCGGCCGUGGUGUCCGCGCUCCGCGGCUGCUACGCCGAGGCCGCCCCGCUGGAGACCUUCAUCCAGCGGCUGGGGGAGAGCGGCGCCGGGGACGCCGAGGUGCUGCGGGGCGACGACACCCCCCGCUACCGGACAUUCGUGGGUCAGUGCCUGGUGUGCGUCCCCCGCGGCGCCCGCCCCAUCCCCCGGCCCUUCACCUUUCAGCAGUUAUCUAGUCAGAAUGAAGUCAUCACAAGAGUUGUGCAGAGACUCUGUGAAAAAGGAAAGAAGAAUGUCCUUGCAUAUGGAUACUCCUUACUGGAUGAAAAUAGUUCUCAUUUCCAAAUCAUGCCAUUAUCAAAUAUAUACAGCUACCUGCCCAAUACUGCCACAGAAACUCUUCGUAUCAGCGGCCUCUGGGAAACACUGUUGAGCAGGAUAGGGGAUGAUGUGAUGAUGUAUUUAUUAGAACACUGUGCAAUCUUUAUGCUGGUUCCCCCUAGUAAUUGUUACCAAGUUUGUGGGCAACCAGUUUAUGAACUUAUCUCACAAAAUGUAGACUCAUUCCCAGUAUUUGUUAAACAAAGAUUCUCAAAGCAUAAGUGUAAUAGCUUGCUUGACUAUGUGCAGAAAAGACUUAGUUUUCAUAGACAGUAUCUUUCAAAGUCACAUAGGUGGCAAUGCAGACAAAGACUUGAAGAUAAUGUCUCCAGCAUGGGAAUUAAAAAAAAUAGCAAGAUGCGAAGCUUAGUAUCCAAUUACCAGUAUUCUGCAAAAGCUGUUUCUAAAGCAAGCAAACAGACCAGGGUGGUCACUGAACAUCUGGGAAAAACAAAUAGCUACAGUUUAUGUUUGUCAUCUACAGCACCAUCUCUAAAAAGGAAGCUUCACAGGGAACAGCUUGAAAUUCCAGCUAAGAGAGCAAAAGUAGAGGAGAAAGUGAGAGACGAAAAGGCUUGUAAUCUUACUUCUCAUGUAAACCAAAGUAGUUCCAAGAGAGAUGAAACUGGGUAUGUAGCCUCACGUCCUGAAAGCCUCAUUAAAAAUAACCACAUUUCUCAAAGAAGUAACAGUGCUGGGCCUUCUUUAGUUCACACAUCUCAUGACAGGAAGAAGUUUGUUACAGGUGGAAGCUCUCUUCUGCAAGGAGUUCAGAGUAACAAACCUUUGAAGUCCAGCAUUGAAAUGCAAGCAGAAUCCCGUAGGAAAGGAGUAGAGAUGCAUAUGUGUGAAUCUCAGGUGAAUUCUGUACAAAUCAAGCCCGUGGAGGGUAAUUCUUCAAAAUGCAGAAGGCGGGAAAGUCCCCUACAUAAUUUGGCAAAGAAGUUACCGAAUAGACUCCUGCGUUCUGCUGUAUACAUUGACAGGAAGUCUCUUCUGUAUUCUCGCAGGAGUUUCCAAGAAUGUUUUCCUAAAUCAUUUUUACUGAAUCGUUUGCAGGGCUGUCAGGCAGGUGGAAGAAGGCUUAUAGAAACUAUAUUCUUAAGCCAAAAUCUGUUGGAGCAAAGGCGUAACCAAAGUCUGCCACAUCACAGCUGGAGAAAGAAGAGGUUGCCCAAACGCUACUGGCAAAUGAGACAUAUAUUUCAGAAACUGUUAAAGAACCAUGGAAAGUGUCCUUACUUAGAUCUCUUGAAAAAAAAUUGCCCCAUUUGGAUAUCUGAAAGUGGGAGAAAAACCAAUGUGCCUCAUCAGGCAGAGGUUCAUGAGCAAGCAGAACAGUUUGGGAAGGAGCCUACUAAAUGUGUGACAAGCAUCAGAUGUGAAUCUGGUCACACUGUUGUAUCAGGCAACUUACGUGCCCCUCUUGCAAAAUCUGUGUGUGGAGAGUUGCAGAGUGAGGAGCAAAACCCAGGAGAGGUGUGUGAUUCAGCCCUCAGGGAGCUCCUCAAGCAGCACAGCAGCCACUGGCAGGUGUACAUGUUUGUGAGGGAAUGCAUGGAGCAGGUUAUCCCUGCUGAGCUUUGGGGUUCAAACCAUAACAAGUGCCGGUUCCUAAAAAAUGUGAAAGCAUUCAUUUCCAGGGGGAAGUUUGCUAAGCUUUCAUUGCAGGAGUUGAUGUGGAAGAUGAGAGUGAAUGACUGCAUGUGGCUUCGUCUAGGCAAAGGUGAUCACUUUGUUCCUGCCGACGAACAUUGUUUCCGUGAAGAACUUUUGGCCAAAUUCCUAUACUGGCUGAUGGAUACGUAUGUUGUUGAGUUGCUCAGAUCGUUUUUCUAUAUCACCGAGACCAUGUUCCAAAAAAACAUGCUUUUCUACUACCGAAAGUUUAUUUGGGGCAAGUUACAGAACAUUGGAAUUAGAAACCAUUUUGCCAGAGUACAUCUACGGCCUUUAUCUUCAAAGGAGAUUGAAGCUGUCCGUCAAAAAAAAUUUGUUCUUAUGGCAUCAAAGCUCCGGUUUAUUCCCAAACUAAAUGGGUUAAGACCCAUAGUAAAAGUGAGCAGUGUUGUUGAAGCACAAGCAUUCAGCAGGGAAAGCAGAGAAAAGAAGAUGAAUCAUUACAACACUCAACUAAAAAAUCUAUUUAGUGUGUUAAAUUAUGAGCGGACUAUAAACACCAGUUUUAUAGGCUCUUCUGUGUUUGGGAAAGAUGAUAUCUACAAGACAUGGAAGCAGUUUGUUAUGAAGGUUCUUGAAUCUGGUGGUGAAAUUCCUCAUUUCUACUGUGUAAAGGCUGAUGUGUCCAGGGCUUACGAUACCAUUCCUCACAAUAAACUUGUGGAAGUGAUUUCGCGGAUCUUAAAGCCUGAGAAAAGAACUGUCUACUGCAUACGGCGCUAUGCUGUGAUUAUGAUUACCACAAGUGGAAAAGCCAGGAGGUUCUAUAGGAGACAUGUUUCUACUUUCAAGGAUUUUAUGCCAGACAUGAAGCAUUUUGUGUCCCAGCUUCAGGAGAGUGCCUCAUUGCAAAAUGCAAUAGUAGUUGAGCAGAGCUUAACUUUUAACGAGACAAGUACCAGCCUGUUUAAUUUUUUUCUUCAAAUGAUACAUAACAACAUCCUGGAGAUUGGGAACAGGUACUACUUACAGUGCUGUGGAAUUCCACAGGGCUCCAUUUUGUCAACCUUACUUUGCAGCUUAUGCUAUGGAGACAUGGAAAACAAAUUGCUCUGUGGAGUGCAGCAGGAUGGAGUCCUAAUACGUCUCAUUGAUGACUUUUUGCUGGUUACACCGCAUUUAUUGCAGGCAAGAACUUUUCUAAGGACUCUAGCAACAGGUAUUCCUGAGUAUGGCUUUUUAAUAAACCCAAAUAAGACAGUCGUGAAUUUUCCUGUUGAUGAUAUCCCAGGAUGUUCCAAAUUUAAACAGCUGCCAAAUUGUCGUUUGAUCCCGUGGUGUGGUUUAUUAUUAGAUAUACAGACACUUGAGGUUUACUGCGAUUACUCCAGUUACACCUUUACUUCUAUCAGAUCAAGUCUUUCCUUCAAUUCAAGUAGAACAGCUGGGAAAAACAUGAAAUACAAACUGAUUGCAGUCCUCAAACUGAAAUGUCAUAGUUUAUUUCUUGAUUUACAGAUCAACAGCCUUAGAACAGUUCUCAUUAACAUCUACAAGAUAUUUUUACUUCAGGCUUACAGGUUCCAUGCCUGUGUUCUCCAACUUCCAUUCAACCAGCAAGUUAGAAAAAAUCCUUAUUUCUUCCUAAGGAUCAUCUCUGAGACUGCGUCAUGCUGCUAUGCUAUCCUGAAAGCAAAAAAUGCAGGGAUUGCUUUAGAUAACAAAGGUGCAUCUGACAUGUUCCCUUCUGAGGCAGCAGAAUGGCUCUGCUACCAUGCCUUCAUUGUCAAACUGUCAAAUCACAAAGUUGUUUACAAAUGCCUGCUAAAGCCCUUAAAAAUCUGUAAGAUGCAACUAUUCAGGAAGAUCUCAAAGGAUACUAUGGCACUACUGAAGACAGUGACAGAACCGUCUCUUUGUCAAGAUUUCAAAGCUAUCCUGGACUAACUGAUUGAUAUUUAUUUUAUAAUUUUUUCAGGUUUGAAAAUAAAUGCUAUGCCUUUAGGUGACUUUUCUCUCUAGUUUGUUUUGAUAGAGUGGACCAAAAUCAACUUUGUUCAGAAGUUCGGAUACCAUACAAGGACUUGAAAAGAAUACACAAUUUUGUUAAUACCUUCUUGUUUGUGGUUUUUUUGUUGUUGGCAUUUUUGUUUAAAUUCACAGGCUAUUUGAAGUUAUUUACUUGGUUUCAUUCAGUGAUUCCCAUCCUCUUGAUGAAGGAAUUAUUAAACUAUGUUCUGUACAAAAUUAUCUACUUUCAUGUUUCAGUGGGUUGUUUUGAAGGACUGUUCUUUACUUCUCUGUGUUGCAGACUAUUUUAUAAUAAAGUGCCUGGUUAAUUGCAAUAACACA